AUGGCUGGCUACAAUUCUGGCCUGAACGGUGUUAUCAUAGGCCUGUUGUCGUCUUUCGGGUCGGCACUUCUGGUCCUCUGCAUCUUGCUCGUCUUCUAUUUCUUUAGAUAUACUUCGUCCGGGCGUAUCUUCCUUGACCGGAUCGGCCGGCCGGGCGAGUACGAUGACGAGCAGGCCUUUGCGCGGGAGGAAGCAGAAGCCCUCGAGACGAUGGAUGAUAUGCAGAGGACGGAGUAUCUCAGAGCGAAGGCUUUCAUCGCCGCAAACCCUCCCGAGUCUGUUCCAACAGAUAUUUCGCUUUCGCAGUAUUUGGCCAUCCAGGAGAAGGGAGUGUCGGCAUGGGAGUUCGAGCCCGAGCUGGAAAUUGCCAACUGCUUUGUCGAGGCAAGAACCGAGAUCGAGUUCUUCGACUCCGAGUGCACUGUCAUGAGCAAUCUUCCAGUUCCGAAACAAAACGAUGUUUACUAUUGGGAAGCGAAGAUUUAUGAAAAGCCUGAAACCACCUUGAUUAGUAUAGGCAUGGCCACUAAGCCAUAUCCUCUUUUCAGGCUACCAGGUUACCAUAAACAAUCGGUUGCGUAUUUUUCGAAUGGUACUCGUCGCUUUAACCAGCCAUUUUCAGCCACCCCAUAUGGCCCUGCAUAUCAACAGGGUGAUGUUAUUGGUGUCGGGUAUCGCCCCAGGACAGGCACUAUCUUCUUUACUCGGAACGGCCGCAAACUCGAAGAUGUCGUUCAUGGCUUGAAGUCCCCUAAUUUCUUCCCAGCUGUGGGCGCUAUUGGGCCAUGUGUCGUCCACGUGAAUUUUGGCCAAGCCGGUUUCGUUUUCAUCGAGGCGAACGUGAAGAAAUGGGGCCUUGCUCCCAUGACGGGUUCGCUAGCACCGCCACCACCUUAUGGUGCAGAGGAGGAUACUAUUCUGCUCGAGACGGGAACAAAGGAUGGAUUCAACAGUGGUCCUUAUCGCGGCCAUCACUACAGCCAGUCUGCUCAGCCGUAUCGACCUGGCACGAACCAGCUAGACCCAGGGCACAGCCGCUCGAGGUCUGGCAACUUCCGUGUCCUUCCGCCGGUCAGCCCAGGCCCUCCUCGUAGCCCAACUGACAUCUCACUCGCACAUCUGGUUCCCACAGACGACAGCGCCGAAGCUAGCAGUAGUACCGCUGCCUUAGUGCGGCCCUAUGGCCCGGCGGACAUCCCUAAUGACCCCCCCCCGGAAUAUACAUCCCCCGAUCACUCAGAUACUGAGGACAAUGGCAGUCGUCGGAGCGGGGGUCGAGGUGAAACUGCACCUUUACUUUCUCGAAGCCGCGGGAACUCUCUAGCCGGCAGCCGGGUGGCUCCCUCCACGUCGAGGGCCCCUCCUAGCCCACCAAUCCCUAGCUAUCAAGAUGCCAUCCGGCAGGGCGCGGGCCAUGACCGAAGUGAUAGUGUGAGAAGCGAAAGGGCAGAUUCGAGGUGA